AUGGCGGAAAUCCUCGAGAAGAUCAACGAGCUUCGAGCACUACCUGAAGAUCAACAUCUUUUCUGCCCUCGCAUCGGGGAGGAUGGAGCCGUAUACUACGACGAAGACGUAGCAAGCUACCCGCCCGAGACUGACCCCGCCGUGCUGAAAGACCGCGAGCUACGAAUACGAGAAGCCGAGGAACGGAAAUGGACGGCAUUGAAAGCUACAGAGAUCCUAGCUUUCGAUGGAGACGAGGCAGCACCACACAAGGAAUGGCUGUUAGAAAGGCUGAAUCAGCUCAUGCAGAGCUGCGAUGUCUGCGUACGGGUAUUCCACCAAUCGAGAGCUGAAUGGAGAACACGGCUGGUCGACACAUACGACGAGGAGAACAUUGGAGACUUCCUGAAUGUGGUGGACGAGCAAUGUCUCGGACGUAUACAAGCCGGCUUGGACGAGGCAAAUACAAUAUUGAGCAGCGCGGAACCAAAAGCUCGCGGCGUGCGGAUACUGCCAGGGCAAUGCACAUAUGCCUUCUUCGAGGCCUUGAGCUGCGACGCUCUGGUACGAAACGAGGACCGCCUCACUCAGCACUUCGACGCACCAUUCGACCUGGUACAGACAAAGAAGCGGUUGAAAGUGCAAACCUACCUUCCAGCCAUGACUCGCUUCCUGUUCAGCAAGAAGGAGAGCCGUCAGAGGUGGGCUGCAUUAUCAUGGUCAACGUUCAAGCGCAACCUUCUCAAGUCAGAGUUCGAGUGGGCUGUGCGGGACUACAUGAUUAGCGCCAUGAUGAAGAUCCAGAUGAACAACCUUGACAUCGAGCUCGUCCCGUUGUUCUGGAGUGGAGCUCGUCUGAUCAUUGGCAAGAUGGACAGAGAGCUAAUAACAGAGUACAUUCGCGGCCUUGAUGGGAACUUUUACAGAUUGAUGCUCGAUCAUCUCUCGCUGAAGUCGGAAGCGUUCCUCGACAUCCUCGCCACAAUGGAGGAGUUGUUAAAGAGGGCUCCGAUCAACUUCUGGGAAGGCAUGAACGCUGUCACUCCUUCAAUAGCCACAGUUGUGGAGCAGAUCUUCAAUAGCCCUGUUUUACAGCAGGUGCUAAUCGCAGCAAGGGAAGAUGACGAACAAUGCAUGAGCAAUGUCCAAGCCGCAUUCAGCUGGAUACCUCUUUUCACCGCAUCCAUCAAGCCAGCAAAUCUCGGCCCAGCUACUAGACCUUUCGCGCAAGCACUUUUCGGUCGCUUCCAGGAUGAACGAUAUCCACAGGUGUCCAGAGCUAGAUGCUUCCGUGAAGGCUUGAAGGUGCUCGAGUUCACCUUCAAGAAGAUGUGCGAGGGCAAGACGAUAGGCAAGUUUGUCGGGCAGCCAACAGUGAACGGCAUGAUGGACAUGUUUUCAACACAUACCCAGUUGCUCGUUUCGAGGCUGAAGACCUUCGGUGACAGCGACGCCGAUGUUGAAGACGCUGAUUUGACUCUGGUCGUAAUCCAGAAUGCGUUUCUGCUCGAAGCUCAGUCUUUGAUCAUCGAGAGACAACUGAUCUCUGCGAAAAAGCCGUCGCCGACCGAGACUCCAUCAUCUGCGCCAAUCUGGAGAACUAUACUGAAGGCGAUCGAUCACCAGAGCUUGGAGCUUGCAUCGCAUCUGCUGGUUGCGGGAAGAGCCCUAAUCGGACUUGAGCCUCUGUCGAUGAAGUCUGGUGUCGAGAAGAUCCCUGCAGAAGUACGUCACUUCAACGAUCGCUUCAAACUCCUCUCCCAGUCAAUUACGGACGUGGUUGAUCGACUGUCGGAGUUCAACCCUUCGCAGCUACAUGCACUCUUCGAGAAGCCAGUGGCGGCAAGUGCGAUUGUCUCACUGUUGUUCUCUUCGACAGAAGAUACGAGAAGUUCAGCCAUCGAGCUGCUAAAGGUCAUCAGUCUGGAAGAGGAGCGACGGAAUGCUUUGCAGCACAUCCUGAACAACUACUUUAAGAACGUAGUCAUGGGAAUAUCAGACUCGAUUCGUCAAGUCAUGCGCAAGAAGGCUUUUGCUCCUACUCCAAGUAUGAUCAGGACGUGCAGAGAUGUCAUCGACGUUCUCUGCAACUCUCAAGACGGUAUUCUCCGUACGAAAGAUUUGAACAUCGCAGAAGCGGCGGCGACAAUGAACAUCUGGAAGAACUUGUGGGAUUCGCUGACCAUGAUCUUCGCCACUACGGAAGCAUGGAGUAAUCUCGGCUUCUACGACAAGCAGAUGAUGAUGGACUUCUGUCGAGACACUAUGCAGUUCGCUGAUGAAGUCUUCGACCAGUGCAGCAUCUUUGCGACUGCUUUGAAGAAGCAAGCUCAGUCAGGCGACGACGAGGGCAAGGCUAAGACUGAGUUGUUGCAAGAGCUGCUCGAGCUGCCCGCAAAUGCUAUGGAAGGCCUAGCGAAGUGGCUUCGUCUUCGAGACGAGUUUCUGUCGAGCAAGUCUGUCACCCUCAUUAGCAAGCUGCUCGUUCGGUUGCAUAACGUAUCUAUUGAAGUCAACACUGAUACCCUCUCUUACAUGGAGAGGAUUUUGACCGGCGACAUCCGUGCUAAGCUCAGUACAACACAACAAGCUGAGCUGCAACAAGCUCUGGAGACACAUCUCGGCCACUCUAUCGUCAAGGACGAAGAGCCUGCGGCGCCUAGACAGGCUUCCAUCAGCAAAUGGAUGUCCACUGGAGCCGCAGCAUCGCCGAGUGACGCGAAGGCGAGACUCAUGUCAAGCCUUACUUCAGGCUCGAGCGCGUUCAAGGAGAGGCGGGAGGCUAUGCGAGCCACAGAAGCGAAACUUGUUAAGCAGAAAGCUCUCGAUGCCCAGAAGAACGCUUCUCAGGAUGAGUUCAAGAGAAAGCGCCAGCUUGAGCUGCAAAGGCGCGAGAAGGAGAAAGCCGCUGCCAUUGCCAAGGCGAAACAGGCUCGAGGCCUUACACAAACCAACGAGGCAGGCUCUGGACUGGAAGGCCUGGGUGUUCUGGGCAAAGACUCAGCAGCCAAAGGAGAAGGACUCAUGCACUCAUCCGACGAGUCCGAGGACAGCGACGGCGACAUCGAUGAAGAUCUCUUCGGCAUCAAGAAGACCAAGGUAAAGGCUGGGCCGAAGACAAACAUCGUCAAUGAAGUCAAGAUUCAGAUGCCGUUCAAGAAGAAGAGGGUGCAGCGCUCGAUCAAGGAUAUGCGUGCUCGUCUUGCUCCUGAUCUGUCAUCGCUGCACAGGGCUAUUCUUGGCUGGGACUACUUCUAUGAUGGCGACUAUCCACCCAAGUCGAACCCUGGGGUCUAUUCCAAGGUUCUUAAUACUUUCCGAACACCGAACGACUAUCAAAACACCUUUGAGCCACUCUUGACUCUUGAAGCUUGGCAGGGUUUCGUCAAGGCUCGCGAAGAGAAUCAGAACAAGGCUUAUGAGAUCCGUAUCACAUCGCGAGCAAGUGUGGAUAUGUUCCAAGAGGUCGGUAGCACGAUGACACACGAGGAGAACCGCGACAUCUUCAUCUCCGAAGGCGACAUCAUUCUCCUCUCACGGACGAAGACGCCGUCUGCUGAGGUGCCGACAUGCUUAGCAAGAGUGUUCCGCGUCAAGAGGAAGCAACAGCACAUCGAAGCCUCAUACCGGGUCGUGCCCGGUAACCCUCUCUCAUCUGCUCUGAACCCCAGCAGUACUGUCUUUGGUGUAAAGCUGCAAUCCAUCACCCCGCUUGAGCGCGAGUAUGGUGCUCUCAAGGGUCUGCAGUACUACGAUCUCUGCGAUGAGAUCAUUCGGGCCAAGCCGUCACCUCUAUUGACCUACACCGACAAGCAGAUCGACCCGCUAAUGGACAACUAUAAUCUGAACAAGGCACAGGCUAAGGCCGUCAAUCCCCCUGGUUCCGGAAAGACUAAAACCAUCACUGCCAUCGUCGGAGCGAUUCUGUCAGAUACUCUUCGAAGGAGUGGAACAGCUGUACCAGUCCCUGGUGGUCAACAGCGGAACGACACUGCCACGAAGAAGCUCUUGGUCUGUGCACCCAGUAACGCCGCCGUGGACGAACUGGUCAUGCGUUUCAAGGCCGGCAUCAAGACCCUGGCCGGUGAAGAGCGCAAGCUUAACAUUGUGCGUCUCGGUCGCAGCGAUGCUAUUAAGACGGAUGUACAGGACGUGUGCUUGGAAGAGCUCGUCAGCCAAAGGCUAGGCACCUCCAACCCAAAGAACAACGACCGCGAGGCGACUCAGAAGCUUUUCACAGACCACAAGGCGGUAUCGGAGAAGCUCAGGAACGCUAUCGAGCAUAUUCAAACCGGUGAGCUAAAGGGAGAUGCUGCUACGAAACUCCAAGACGACAUCAACGCUCUGCGAAAACAGAAGCAGGCCCUUGGAACCAAGAUCGACAAUGCAAAGGACGACGAGAAGCUCGCUGGUCGUAACGCAGACCUCAACCGUCGACGAGCUCAAGAAGCCAUCUUGAACGAUGCCCACGUCAUCUGCGCAACACUCAGUGGUUCUGGUCAUGAGAUGUUCCAAGGCCUCAGUAUCGAGUUUGAGACGGUCAUCGUUGAUGAGGCCGCGCAGUGUGUUGAGAUGAGCGCACUCAUUCCUCUCAAGUACGGGUGCGCAAAGUGCAUCCUUGUCGGGGAUCCCAAGCAGCUGCCGCCUACUGUCUUUUCGAAGGAAGCUGCUCGCUUUGCUUACGAGCAGAGUUUGUUCGUUCGAAUGCAGAAGAACCACCCAGACGAUGUUCACCUUUUGGACACGCAGUACCGUAUGCAUCCUGAGAUUAGUCUGUUCCCAAGCAAAACAUUCUACGAUGGCAAGCUGCUGGACGGUGGUGAUAUGGCCGGUCUGCGCAAGCAGCCGUGGCAUCAGAGCAUGCUCCUUGGACCAUACCGCUUCUUUGACGUGCAGGGUCAGCAAUCAGCUGCACCCAAAGGCCAUUCUUUGAUCAACAGAGCCGAAAUCGAUGUUGCACUACAGCUAUACAAGCGGCUCACUACCGAUUACUCGAGCUACGAUUUCAAAGGCAAAAUCGGCAUCAUCACACCCUACAAGAGUCAACUAAAGGAGCUGAAGAGUCAAUUCUCCUACGUGUAUGGUGCCAACAUUAUCGAUGAGAUCGACUUCAACACCACUGACGCUUUCCAAGGCCGAGAGAGCGAGGUCAUCAUCUUCUCCUGCGUGCGUGCUUCGCCAGUGGGCGGCAUCGGUUUCUUGCAAGACAUUCGACGUAUGAACGUCGGUCUCACACGCGCUAAGUCCUCACUCUGGGUCCUGGGCAACUCGCAAUCGCUUGUUCGAGGAGAGUUUUGGAAGAAGCUAGUUGUGGACGCAAAAGACAGGAAGAGGUACACCGAUGGCAAUGUUAUGAAGAUGCUCAGUGAGCAUUCGAGCAAGUACCCUGCGCCUAAGGAGGGUUACAUGAAGCCGCAUCGACCAACGCCGGAAGUCAAGUCUGAGCCCAUGAGUCGGAAUGAGAGCAAUCAGUCCAAUGGCAGCAGCAUUAAGCAAGAUGUCAAACCAGAGAUCAAACCGGAGAUCAAGAAAGAACCGGGGCUCGUGCAUCAUGCAAAGCGCAAGCUCAGCGACAGCCCAGACAUCAAGGCCGAAAACAACGGCGACGAUUUCGACAUGCUCGAUGCUCCAUCAGACACGGCGUCUAAUGCCAACACGAACAUGCACAAUGGAGGCAGUGGUCGAUCAACGCCUGCCGCACAUGCAAGGAGCUCACCGACGGUCGAAAGCGAUCGUGCCAACACUCCAACUGAUGUAUUAGGAGGUAUGAGGGCAAAGCCUAAGAUCAAGAGGAGGCCGAAGCCUAGUGGACCGUUCAUUGACAACAGGCCCAAAAAACCUAGGACGGGCUGAGCUCGGCAUAGACGCCCCACGAUUGGUAACGCAAGCGAUCUCACUGUUAUCGAGAUCAACAAGCAGGUGCUACUUGACCAAGCUUUCAAGUAACGGUCAUGAAGGACACGAAAGAAGGUCUGAGCUGGGGAACAUUGUGGUGGCUGCUCACCUGCAUGGCGUUUGGCGUGUUUGUAAACAUACUCAGCAUCUGAUCGGCGUUCACCAUACAUUUUGG